AUGCUACCUAAAAAGAAUAUAACUUUGAUUGGCGGUGGUGGAUAUUUGGGUUUGAAUAUUGUUUCGAAAUUGCAAGCUGAAACUGAUGCUGAAUAUUCAAUAACUAUUCUAGAUUUGAAUUUAGUUCCUCUCGAAAAUCCUGAUAUCAGAAUUGAUUACAAAACUAUCAAAUUCAUCAAGGUUUGUGAAUACUAAAACAUUUUGUUCAGAGUAGUAAAGUCAGAUUCAGUUACCUCUUAAUUUAGAUGAAAAUGUGCACAAUAUUCAUUCAAGUGUAUUCUAAAGUGUUUUCUUAAAAGUAGCGUGAAUUUUUUCAAAGUUCAAGUUCAGUCAGACUUUUUUGGAAAGUUUUUCAUUUUUUUGUCAAACAAAAAAUAUAUUGAAAAGUUGAAAGAAAAACAAAAAAAAUGAAACACGGCUCAAAACACAGCACAAAAAGAAAAGAGAUUGAUUUCAAGAUUAUGACGAAAACUCAAAAUAUAAUAAAUGCACAAAUGUUUACUCAACCAAAUAUAAAUUCCAAGUAUUCAUUAAUUUUUUGGUUUUUUUUACUUUCUGCAAAAGAAAAUGAAAUGAACAAAAAAAAUGUUUCUUCUCAUCAGUGAAAAAUCGUAGACAAUAUAACACAAAAAUUUAGUUUCUUUGAUUGAUAUUAUCAAAUUAGCAUUAUUAUGUAAUCUACUAUUGAUAUUUAAUUGAUCUAAAAUUCAUUAUUUCAGGGAUCAUUUUGUGAUCUUGAAAAACUGGAAGUGGCUUUGAAAAAUGCAGAAAUCGUUUUCCACAUUGCAGCUGUUGGAGUCAUGGGAUUAAGUGCGGUGAGUUUCGGAGAGAAAUCAGAUUUGCACCUGGGAUGAAUAGAAAUACAUAAUCCAAUUUUUAACAAAACACAAACGAAAAAAUGUACUUAUUAUGAGAGUACGUUUCAGGGAGAUCGAGAACAAAUCUAUCGAAUAAAUAUAGAUGGAACAAGAAAUUUGAUCAAGAAAUGUCAAGAGUUUGGGGUGAAACGAUUUGUAUAUGCAAGUUCAAUUGCUGUUGUUAUGAUUGGGGAUCCGAUCUAUAAUCAAUCAGAAGAUGAACCACUUCCAGCUCCUAGUCAGGUUAGAAAACUUCAAGAUUACAAACAAACAAAAAAAUGAAGAUCCUAGGGAAGCUCUGGGCCACCGGCCUUUUCAAAACAAGCCUACAAAAAACCAUUACAGUACCCAACAUCUUAUGGAUAUUCCAAAGCUGCUGCUGAAAAACUUGUACUCGCAGCAUCCUCAGAAAAUUUCAAAACAUGCGCUUUACGAUUCCGCGCAAUUUAUGGACCUGCUGACCCAAAUGCAACAAGAAGAGUUGUCGUAAGUCUUUGUUUUUUCAAAAGGGCAAUCUGAUUGUAGAAAAGGUUAAAAAUAGCUAGAUUUUUUUUUCAAUUUCAACGAAAAAAUUCAUUAAACCAACGGAAAAAGCUCAUUUGAUCAGACGAAAAAAGCAUUUGCAAAUCGAAACGAAAUAAAUCUUCUUUGUUUUGUUUAAGGAUGAAAAUUAGAAUGAAAUCAUUUCUCACCAAAAAAGUAAAGAGAAAAAAGUGUUUUUGAAGGAUUUGAUAAAAGCUGGGCUAUUCAUCUCACUCUGCACAAGAAACAAACAUAAAAGAGAGGCAAUAACACAAGCAUCAAGUAUUAAUAACUGCACAAAAGCUUUCAUUUUGGCUGAAAAAAUGCUUGAGAAACCAGAUGGACCGCAUGGAAAAGUGGGUUACCUCAAUAUAAGUGUGAAGCUUUUUUAAUUUUGUCAUAAUUUUCAGCCAUACAACAUUCUUGAUGCAAAUAUAACAGGAAGUUUCGAUUUCUGGGGACCAUUAAUAGAAGCACUCGGUUUUUCAAGACCAACAUUUCACAUGCCAUUUUGGUUCUUGCAUCUUCUCGCUCGAUUUUACGAAUUUCUUUGUUUUCAAGUCUUCAAAACUAAUCCUAUUUUGACAUCUUUCGAGCUAAUUCUACUUACAACAGAUAACACAUAUAGUCUUCGAAAUGCAAAACAAGAUUUGGGAUAUUUUCCGGAUGAUGGGAUGAUGACUGAAGUCGCUGAGUAUUAUAGUAAAGAACGUGUUGAAACAUGUUCCAGUUCGGCUAUGUCAUUUUUUGUUGUUUUAUUUAUCGUCUUGCUUUUUUUGCUCACAAUUUUUCUUGUAUAA